ACGAGGACGACCAUACAUACCAACUCGAACGGAAAUAAAAAAAAAUUAAAUCGAAAGAAAAAUUUUCUUCGAGAUCGCGAUCUUCUUUCUCCCUGAUCCCAUUCAAAUCUUCUCUUCUCCGGCGUAAUCAUGGAUGUUCGAUCUCCUGCUCCCGUUCCCAUCGGAUCUCGGCGGCGUGAUAACAAGUGGUCAUCUCGGUGGGGUCCUGACGAUAAAGAGAAAGAAACCAAGGAGAAGGAGGAGCCUGAAACUCAAUCUGUGCUUGGCAGCAGCCUCCGUGCUACUGACUCUGACGCUCGUGAUAAAUGGAGGCCACGUCAUCGGAUGGAGCAGCUCCAGUCCGGUGGACCUAAUUCUUAUCGUGCUGCGCCUGGGUUUGGACUCGAUAAAGGACGAAGUGAGGGUCCUACUUUAGGGUUCGCCGUUGGCCGAGGAAGGGCGAGGGGUACUUGGUCUACUUUCUUUGGCGCUGGAGGAUUCUUGAGAAACGAAAGGGUCCCUGGUAAACCUGCGCCUAUGUGUCGGUAUGUGAGAGGGAAGUUGCUUGACUUGUAUAGAAACCAGAAGCCUGAUAGGAUGCCUAUUGAUAUGGAGGAUGUUGACUCUGUAACUCAAGUGGCUUUGAUCGAACCUCUUGCUUUUAUCGCACCUGAUGUUGAAGAAGAGGAAAGCCUUAAGGGUAUAUGGAAAGGAAGGAUCACUGGUAGCGAAGCUCACACUUCACCUGGGGACGAAUCAUUAGCUGAGAAGAGUCUGGGUGAGACGAAAGUGGAUGGUUCUUUGCUAGGGGUUGUGAGUGGUGACAGUGGUUCCAUGCAUAAUAGUAAUUCAGGAUUACUUGGUAGUCAUGGUGGAGGUCUGUGGGGUGCUUCUGAAAGUGAUAAAGUUUCUCAUGGAAGUCCUGAGGCAGUUAGAUCUGCAUUUACUAAAUCUUCUAUGUUGGAUGCGGGUGAACCCCUUGUUGAGCAAGAUUAUACGGGAAAGCUGCAGCAACCUGAUAUUGAAGUGAAUCACUCCGAAGGGACUCUGCCACCUGAGGAGUUUAUGUUCUCGUACAUUGAUCCUCAAGGAGUAAUACAGGGACCGUUCAUUGGAUCUGACAUUAUUUCAUGGUUUGAGCAAGGGUUUUUUGGGACUGAUCUACAGGUCUGCUUGGCAACUGCUCCAGAAGGGACUCCUUUUCAAGAUCUAGGUAGUGUCAUGUCAUAUUUAAAGGCGGAAAGUAUGCAUGCCCAUAUCAAUGAUCAGAUCAGCGAGCUAGAAGAGACUAGUCGAAAAGCAAAUUCGGGGAUUGGUUUAUCAUUUGCACCCGUAGCAGAAUCUAAUGGUUCAGCCUCUGGUCACGAUAAUUUUCAAAUGAACUCUAAAUCAGAAGCUUAUGUGAAACCACCACAUGUUGAUGACCGAAGUUUCUUGGACUAUUCUGUUCAAGAUGAAGAAAUCGUAUUCCCAGGAAGAGCUGGAGUUUCUGGUUAUGGAUCGGCAAAAUCCUCUACAAGUAUGCAUGAUGCUUUAAUGGGAGUUUCUGGCCACUCUGCUGUUCCUGUUGAAUCAGCGAAAGUUGCUACUCAAAAUCAGAAUGAGAACAAGCUGCAUCCGUUUGGUGUGUUGUGGUCUGAGUUAGAGAGCAGCAGUACACCAGUUGAUCUUUUGCCUAACAGGUCGUAUGAUACAGGACAUGACCAUAAGUAUCUUGAUCAAGGUCAGGAUUUGGAUCAUUUAUUAACUCUCCAAUUGCAGCAGCAGCAGCAGCAGCAACAAAAGAUUCAGUUGGAGCAGCAGCAGAAGAUUCAGUUGCAACAACGUCAACUAGAUCAAGAGUAUCAAUUACAACAGAAGCUCUUACAGGAGCAACAACAGUCCCAUGCUCGGAAUUUACAUUUUCAACAGAUUCUUCAAGGACAGACUCCUGAUUCAAGGAUUGGGCAGUCACAUGACUUCCCUCGAUUCAACAAUGUUGAUCAGAUGUUAUUAGAGCAGCAACUAAUGGAUGAAUUGCAGAGUUCUGGCCAUAGAUCACAAAAUUUUACACCGUACAUGGAGCAGCUUGCCGCUGGAAAUUUUGGGCAGUUACCACAUGAAGGUCAUCAAAACGAGCUACUACUUGAACAGCUACUUUCCGAACAAAUGCAAUCUCAAUACAGACAGAUGCGUUCUCAACAUGGACACAUGCAAUCUGAACCGUUACGGUCUUUGGAGUACCAGCUACUGCAGCAAGACCAGCUCAUGCGAUUGGCAAAUGGAGGGAGGCAAAAUACAGUAUUGGAGGAACUGAGACAUAUUGACCCUCAACAUGGACAAUUGCAGUCUGAACCAAUACGGUCUUUGGAGUACCAAAUGAUGCAGCAAGAGCAGCUCAUGCUAUUGGCAAAUAGAGCGAGGCACAAUACGUUAUUGGAGGAACAUAGACAUAUUGAUCCUCUAUGGCCAUCCAACCGUAAUGAUCAGCUUCUAGGAGCUCAUCCGGGGAUCCACCGUUCACACUCUUCUGCGGGAUUUAGACCAGUAGACUUCCAUCAACAGCAGCAGAGGCCACCCUUUGAGGAUCACUUUAGUCAUCUUGAGCGGAACCUUUCAUAUCAGCAACAACUUAAUCAGGAAUUAUUCGAGCAAGGUCUACCCUUUGAGCGAUCUACAUCGUUACCCAGAAAUACAUCGGGGCUGAAUCUGGAUGCAGGAAGAGGUCUUAACCUCUCUGAGUUGCGGGAUGCCCAGAUGCAAUCUUCUGGUAGAUUAGGAAAUUCUACUCCGGGUUUCAGUCAUCAGAAUCCCCAUACACAAUUAGGCGAACCUCAUUUUUCAGAAAUGGAACCAAGGAAAGAACGCUGGCAUGGAGCAGAUACACAGCUAGCUGGUGGCUGGGCUGAAACUCAGUUUCAUAGACCAAAUACUGAAGCUGACCAUCAUAAAAUGAGGUCAGAAAUGAGGAGAGUGGGCGAAGAUUCCAACUCAUGGAUGGUAGAUGGACAUACAGAUGAAAAGUCAAAACAGCUAUUUAUGGAGUUGCUUCACCAGAGGCCUGGUCAUCAACCUCUCGAGUCACCAAGCAUGAAUCGUGGGGAACCCUAUGACAUGAUGGCUGCUUCAGGCUUCGGCUUUGCAGACCAUGGUGGUAGACAAAACGCUUCAUCUUCUUUUGGGUCGCACGCAUCUUCUGAUGAACAUGUAAACGGAUUACCAGGAGAUGGGAACUAUAUGGGAUCGUUGCAGCGUAAUAAUUCAUUGCUUUCUGGAAGUAUCGAUGGUGGAAGAAAAAAUGAAACUAAAGACUUCAGUAAUAUGCUUGGUAUGAGCAAAGACGCGAAUGACAUCAGAACGUGGAACAAUGCACCACCAAAAAAGGAAGGAGCGGGAUUGAUGUCAUUUGAAGCACAAGACAGAAUGGGAAAGCAAGCAGUAAUGGACUCCUUGUUUCAAGGGGAGGUUCCUGUUGCUACGCUUGGCAGACAGUCUUCUUCCAGUAUCUCUGGGUCAUACAGUGACAACUUGGUUGGAGAAGUUAGAAAGGAUAGGUUGGUAGUUCCAUCACACGGGCAGGUAUCAGUUUUGUUAAAAAGGCCUCCCUCAUCGCACUCGUCAUCACCGCAUGAGGGAUUGCUCGAGCAGAUGUCCGAUGGAGCUAACAGAACAGCAGUGGGAAACAAAGGGUCAAAGGCGUCGUUCAGUGAGAUGUUGAAGAAUAGCAGUAGCAGUAGCAGCAUGAAGAAAGUGGCAGCAGAGCCAUCUUCUGAUCCAAACGAAGGAAACAAAGGCGGUGGUGGGAAGAAGAAAGGCAAGAAAGGGAGGCAGCUUGAUCCAGCUCUUCUCGGUUUCAAAGUCACUAGCAAUCGUCUUAUGGGUGAAAUUCACCGCGCUGAUGACUUUUAGUCAAUUCUGAUACCCUGAGAUCCCAUUCAAGCGUUUCUUCUUCUCUGGCGUAACAUGAAAACUUACAAAGCUGACUCGCAGACAGGAAAGUGGAGAAGUUUGACAACGUUUAUAAAGAAAGGUUUUGUUCCUGAGACCACUACGUCUCUCUUCCAGCUCAUGAGGACUGCAGCUAGCGGAGAUACGGCAUAAACCGAAUCACAUUCAAGCUAGAAGAAUCAAGUUUAGAAAUGAAUCAUUCUUCUGUCUUUCUCUUCUUUUACUGUAGAAUGCAACUUUAUGUUUACUUGUGCAUGCUAAAUAGUAUUUUCUACAAGUUAUCUUAUCUUCAAGUUAUCUCCAAAACC